UCUUACGCGACAUCACCAUAUGACGAGAUAACCUAUGAGGAUUAUUUACACGCGAAACGUUCAGUUGGAUAUUUUAUUGACUUUCCAAUGACGAUGACCGACACUAACGAGGAAAGAUUACCACGUAUGUCAGAUGUAACAAGCAGCAAUGUGGAUUCGGUACAGAAAGAAGCAUCAGUGAUGCAUCAGAGGCACGUCUCGGAACAGAUUAGCCCGAAAAAUGAACGUGAAAAGUUAUACGUUCCAAGAGGCAAACCAAAAUCUGGCAGGAUAUGGAAAGAACAGAAAACAAAAUUUUCUUCUAUAAUCAAAACACGUGGGAUUCGAUCGUCGCUUGCCGAAAAACAAAAACUGAGACAGGAUCUUAAACGCGUUAAGGAAAUGUCGAGAGCAAUUAAGGCGCAAAAACAGGAGGAGAAAGAAGGGAAGAAGCAACGAAGGAGAGAAAAUUUAAAGAGGGCUGAAGAGAAUAGGAAGAAGAGCGAAGUUGUACAAGUCAUUACAAAUACUGCGAAAAUAAAAAGAAUGAAGAAGAAACAGUUGCGUAUGAUAGAAAAAAGAGACACGAUCAAGGUGUGACACAAUGUAUGACACGUGACAGUGUUAAAUUAAGUGGUAAAAAGUGUUAAAUAUUCUAUCAUUCACAACUUUUUAAUAAAACUUAAACUAAUUUCUAA